UAUUUUAAGUAAAAAUAUGAUGAUACAGGAAUGCAAUAAUCUGGUGAAUGUUUUUAGCUAAAGGAUGAAUAUCAGUUUCCAUCAUAUUCCGAGAACUAGAAUUUAUAAUUUCCGGUUGACUGACAGUCCGGUUGACUUAGUUCUUGGAAGUUACAUUUUGGGAAAUGAGCUUCCAAGAACGGAGUGAAAAACAUUUUUUCACCGUCUUUCUAUAAAAAUACAGCUUUUUUCAGCAACAACGGCGAAAUGCUUCAGCGUCCAUGGAAGGAUAGGCCAGUGGCGGUUUGGUUUGCAACAACUGCACUUCUUCUUGCGUCCACAACAACAGAAGUGUCUUGUUGGAAAUACGUGCACUUCAGCAGCAAGCCUAACACCACAAUCUACACUGACAUUGGGCGAAACGUCUCCAUGAAAUGGUCUUUCAGAGUCGAGGAGAAUCGACCGUACAAGGACGAAGGAAAGCCCUUUGAGCUGAUGUUUGGAGACUGGAAGUACCCUGGCUAUAUCAGCCCUUUCAUUGUUCGUAUCAAAGGGUCAGUCAUCAAAAAGAUAAGUGACAAAUUUCAUUGGAAAGGCAAUAUAUCCAAUCGUUGUUCUCAAGACUGUGAAUGUGAAAUAACUUUGUUCAAUCUGACGAAAAGCGAUUUCAAGGCCUAUGGCAUCUUCAUCUUUGUGCAUCCACAUAUUGUGCCUCUGCAGCAGAUGCUGAGAAUUGUCCGUCAUACUGAUGAUGCAACUAUUUCUGCCAGUCUUGACACAACAAAAUUCAAAACACCCGAUAGCAAAGGAAUCAGGACAAGAGGUCAACCAAUCAAAGUCGUUUCUCUCGUGAUUGGCUACUAUAUUAUAACAUUUAUUUAUUCUACACUUGGUUACCCUAGUGGCAUAACAGCAUAAUAACAUAUUGAGGUCUGAAAUAUAAAAGUUCAUCAAAAAUAACAGCAAAACUGAGACUGUCACCGCCAUUGCUUCUUGCUAGAAAAAGAAUAUCACAAAAUCCCGUAGUCUUAGUUAUAGUCUUAUGGUCUUUUUUAUGUACAAUUUCGAUAAUUCAAUAUUCACAAUUUGGCAUAAAUACCACAAUUUAGCAAGAUAGUUUCGCAUAUUACAUUGUCAUAAAUGGUUUGUAUAAAGCUAGAAAACGCGUUUUGAAAUAUUAAAUUGGUUUGAACACGAUUUUUGUUAGGCAGUAUUAACCCUCUGGCGACUGCCCUAUAGGAUAUCGUUCGAAUUCGAACGAUUUCCAACGAAGGUUCGAGAUCCACUGUAUAUCUGCUGGGAAAUGUUAUCUCAUCAUUUUAUUCAAUGGUUAAUUAUAGUGAAGCCGGAAAUACGUGGCAUAAAAUCGAUAACGUUUCGCUUGACCCUGUACAGUCUAGUGUAAGGGAAUUUUCCCUAAUUUCCAUAACAUUUGCCGAACGUGACAGCCGUGACAGCAGUGAAUUAGUAAAGUUUGAUCAACAAAUCAGCUUUAUACCGGCUCUAAACAUUUUCUUUGGACCUACUAUUACUCAAAAACCUUUUAUUUUCUCUUAGAAAGAGAAGGGGUACUAGGAAGAAGAAGUUUGCUAGUUGGCCCUAGGUGCAUCAUUUAUUCUGACGUCAUUGCUAGAUUUUUUUAAAUUCGACUAAUGAUGACUAAUGCAGUGACUCGACAAUUCUCAUUGGCCUCCAAGCCUACCAGUGCGAAAUCAAUACAGCAAGAUGAAUGCCAAAGUAGUGGUAAUUCUUUUGGCAAUACAACUGCAAAUUACUUCGGGGUUUGUCGUUCUACAAUGUAACAUCAGUGAAUAUAAGGGCAUGUUAGCAAUAUUAACACUCACUAGUACGUUGGUAAGCCGGCUUUUUCCCGGUAUAGAAUACCAUGACCUUGCUUUCAUCAGGUUGCCGCUGAACAGUAAUCCAAAAGUUAAAUGCUUCCGGGGAAAUGCUAGCAUUGUGGUAUGCUUAGAUUAUGGCGUUAAGGAUUUAUCCUACGUAAACGAUGAUGUUGUUUAUUUUGCAAUAAAUGACUCUGCUUGUUUUCCAAACGGAACUGAGUUUUCCUGCGUUAUUAAAAGAAAAGGCAAAAAGAUAAAUUCCACAGUUCAUGAGGGAAGAUGCGAUAAUUCAACAGGAAAAAGAAACUUAACAACCGAUCAUGUUCAUCCUGAUACAAAGCAGCCAAACUGUACCUGCAACUACGAAAGAGGCUGGGCAAUAUUUGGAAGAAUUAUGCUCGGAGUGCUAGUAUUCUUAAUGUUUUUAAAUUUGAUAUGCAUUUGCUUAACAAGACAGCGGACCAGCACCACCUCAUCGGCGGUUCGACAGAAUGGAAUUUCUAGAACAUCCAAUGUGUAGUAACUAUUAGGAAAGGGAGUGCAUAAGUUUUAAGUUCUAAAAGAAGUAUAGCCUGCGUACUAACAUCCGGUUUAUUCUCUAAAAUAACUCCGUCGACGGUGUUUACGAGUUAACGCUGGAUGAAACUAAGGCUAAGAGAAGUAAAAUGAAAUAUUUGUAUAUAUUUAGCAGUAUUUGUUCUUAACCUUUUUCAGUGAAAGUAAUAAAAGAUGGCCUGCCUUUG